UCAAUUUGUCAACCACCAAAAAUCAAAAGCAAUGUUCUACAAAAACAGCAAGCGCCAAAAAUGUAUGUCGAUAUGUUUGCAUGCUCAUACAUAUUAAUACAUAUUUACAACAAGCCGAUUUUCUACCAACAACGCAAUGGAGCGUCGCGCAGCCGGCCAUCAAUUUUUCGACACAUCGAGCUUUACAGAGUCCAGUGUGGUUAUUAGGCACAUUUGUUUCAUUUCUGCGAAUUCUCAACUAGUUUAUGUGACUUUUGGUUGAAAUACUCUGCGUUUGCCGUUGAAAUGUUAAGACUAUGCUAAACAGGAUCAUUUCUUGUAGUCAGUCUUCAUUUACUUUCUUUGCAAAUCGAAAGUCUUUUGCCCUGCCAGCCAGGCCUAACCACUUUCCCUUCAUGUUUCUACACAAUUACAUACAUUUUUUUCAAUUACUUACACCAACGCACACGCUUGUGUUGUUUUGUUUUUUAACCUUAAUGCGAUGGGAAAAAAAUCCUCUAAACAAGAAAGGAAUGGCUAAGUUCGGGUGUAACCGAACAUUCUAUACUCUCGCAAUUUAUUUAUUUAACUUUAUUUAUAUUAUAUAAUACACAAUUUGACCCACAUAUUCGUCAUAUACAUAUAUUGUAUAAAGUCCAUUGAAAGUUGGAAACCAUAAUAUUAGGUUAGAAGCACCGAGGUCCUCGUGUUCGAUAUAUGGUGACUUAAAAACCUACGGUCCUAUUUCGGCAUUUUUAGAAUGGGGCUGCCACACUAUAAACAUAGUAUUUGUGCAAAGUUCUGAACCGAUAUCUUCACUAGUGCUUACUUUAUAUAUUGUAAAGUAAACGAUUCAGAUCGGCUUCAAAGUUCUGGUAUAUACGAAGUAGGCGUGGUUGUGAAGCGAUUUGGCAUAUUUUCACAACAUAUUAUUGGGAGGUAAGGAAACUAUUACAAACCAAGUUUCAUUGAAAUCGGUCGAGUAGUUCCUGAGAUAUGGUUUUUGACCCAAAAGUGGGCGACGCCACGCCCAUUUUACAUUUUAUAAAAAAAUCUGAGUGCAGCUUCUAUCUGCUAUUUCUUAUGUGAAAUUUAGUGUUUCUGACGUUUUUCGUUAGUGAGUUAACCCACUUUUAGUAGUUUUCAACCUAACCUUUGAUGGGAGGUGGGCGUGGUUAUUAUCCGAUUUCUUUCAUUUUUGAACUGUAUUAGGAAGUGGCUAAAAAAACGACUGCAGAAAGUUUGGUUUCUAUUGGUUUCCGAGAUAUGUACAAAAAUCCUAUUUGGGGGCGGGGCCACGCCCACCUACCCAAAAAAAUUACAUCCACAUAUGCCCCUUCCUAGUGCUAUCUUUCAUACCAAAUUUUAUCAAACAAACAAAUUUUAUUUUAUUUUGUUUAAAUUUUUCAUUUUAUUAAUUGUAACUUUCUUUAUAGGAGGGGAAAUGCCACGUUUUAGCAUCGCUCAAAUAUACAGUGAGCGUAUGGCCACCCAACCCGCAGUUAGCAGCAGAGAAAACGCGGAUACUGCGAUGGUACUGCAACAAAUUUUGGAUACCCUUGGUAGGGUGGAAUCUCGGCUUGCCGCUGUGGAAAGUGCUCUUGCUGAGAAGAUGCCCGAACGAGCUGAAGUUCAAGCUCAAGGGCAAUUAUUGCGGGAGUGUAAGGUGCUCACAGUAAAAACCCACCGCAGUGUAAGCCGCAUCACUGGCGACGUAGGGAGUAAGGAGCAAAUUUUGUUGCAGAGCUUGCUGCCUAUGUCGUCAGAGGAAACACUAGCGAAGGUGGAGGAGCACCUUACACACAAGGCUCACGCUGACGCUAUGGCGGGCAUCAUAUUUAACUUAAAAUCUACCAAGGGUAGCAUUGAGAAAGUGUUGCAGUCACUGUUUAGCGACGAGUUGGUGUGGCUAUACAACUGUGAUGGGAAAGCAGGAAAGAAGGCGCUGAUCAAAUUAAAAAUUGUGGACCUCACUCUCGGUAGAUAUAAAAACAUUUAAAUACGUUCAAAUAAUUUAUUAAUUAUUUAAUUUUUAAUGUUUUAUGUUCAAAAAGCUGCUUUUGCAAGUAUGCAUGUUCAUAAAAUAUUAGCUGUCAAGCAUUAUGUUAGUUUAAGUCAUAAUAGACAUAAGCAAAUUAGGCGUAGUAUUAAGAAUUAGUAGUAGUAGAAGUAAUUUAAUUUUAGAUUUUUUUUUCAACUAAUAUUUUUCUAAUAACA